AUGAUGGGGCAAAUGCCGGAGGACUUCCACGAGUACUGCCAAUUGGUCGAGAAGAAGGUUAAACGUAUCAGCCCAGACGAAGUGGAAACAGCUAAACUUUUUGAAAAACUGAUAAACAAAUAUAACAUAAAAAAAGUGAAAAGAGUCUGCCUUCCAGUGAAGGAUGCAGAUAUUCAUUCCCCAUCCUCAGAUUCUUUUUUUAACGAUCACUAUGUAGCCAAUAAACCGGUCAUUAUAACCAACCUGGGCCAUAAAAUUGGGAAUUGCACAAAAACGUACAGCAACAAAAAUGUCAUUGAACAUAUAGGGAACACGAAAGUGAGCAUACACAUAAGUACCAGCAAAUUUCUCAACAACAUAAACAAAAACUUCCGCUACAAGUUAUCGUCUUUAUCAAAUUUUAUACAACUGAUUGGAGAGGAAGAUCGAAAGAAGAGCAGAUUUUCCCUUCGGUAUGAUGAAGGUGGAAAGGAAGCCUGCCUGUUGUUGUGCAAAGCAGGGGAGGGACAGCACAACUUGCCUCCGCACCACCCUACCGUGGAAGCUACAAACCAGGAAAGGGACAACCAAAUGGAUCAUAAUGAGCAUAAACGAAUAGAUGGUGAAAAACGUUAUUACUAUUACAGAUCCCUGGGGACCAACCAAUUUAAGGACGUCUCGAACAUCAAAAAAAUGAACCACUUCAUCAGAGACAGUUUUUUCCUGCCUGCACAGAUUUACCCCCCGCAUGACGAAUUUGAGUUUUUCUCCUCCGUUUUAAGAAUAGGCCAAACGAAUAUCUUCAUUUGGCUCCACUAUGACAUCCCAGACAACUUCCUCAUUCAAGUAAAAGGAAGGAAAAAAAUUUUACUAAUUCCUCCAAAGUUUAUAAAAUAUUUUCAAAUCGUGAAUUCUUCUUCACCUUACAAUCUGUUCGACAUUUUGAUAGGAAAAAAACUCACUAAACGGGAAAAGGUUGUGAAAAAAGUACUCUGUAAAUAUGCCCUCGUGGCGGAUCUGUACCAAGGUGACAUUCUGUUCAUCCCCUCUCUGUGGCUGCACUACGUUUAUAACAUGCCGGCACAUACCUACGUGAGGAGAAAGUACAGAUCCUAUCACCAGCUUUUGCGCGUCGAGACGGAGCAGGAGUCUGUCCAUUUUGCUGCGCAAAACAAAUGGGAGCGGAAAUUCCCCUUAAAUUAUCGCAAAAUUCUGAACCAUUUUACGCGUCUGAAGACAGGAAGAUAUGCACAUCUCAUGGGGAGGUAUCCCCGUGACAAAGAUAACAGACCCCAAGUUAAAUUACUUCCCCAAUGGGGAAAUCCCCCCCUGCCAGACAACCCCAACCAAGCGUCUUCAAACACGCCGAGUGAUUUAACGCAGGAAGAAUUGAUACAACACUACAGCCAUUUAGAAAAUUAUCAACAUUUUUUGGAACAUCAUUUUGGCAUUCGCGUUAGUGAUAUAGAGGGGAGAACCUAUAAUGUUGAAUCCCCCUCGAGGGAAGCGCCCCAAGGGAGGCCUCCUCAUUCAGAGGGGAACGUCCAACAUGAGCAUCACGCAAAUUCUAACAGAGACGUAAAAGAAGGACAGACGUCUGAUCGGCACACUUGCUCCUCUGCUAAAUUAAACAUUAGCGUGAAUUACUUCUUCAGACAGAGAAAGGAACGACUCCUGUUCAGCAAAAAGGACCUAUACGGGAACCAAGACAUCAUUUUGGCUAGCCAGCUGUUUAAGAAAAUUCAACAUGAUAUCGAACCGCUGCUGGACGCACCCCCCAAGUAUAAAAAUUUCUACCUGCAAAAGUUACAAGGCAUUUUGUACUCCCACCUGGAUGAUCAAUACGUGUGA